AUGGCAGCAGUCUGGCUGCUUAAUCGGACGCCAACCUACCAGCGGGAAGAGAACCACUGGACAGUGCCAUGGGACGAAGUCCGAAAGGAACCGCAGGAAUUGGACCUAGCGGAGACUGAGAGAGCAUUCCAGGCAUCAUUGACAAGUGGAGAGAUGCCUGAACUAGAAGCGAGGACCGAUAAUGAAGACGUCCAGGAAGCACCAGGGAGAAAUGAGGCUCUAGGAAAAGAUGGGUUUUUCGGCCGAAAAACCAUCUCAUACAGUGCAUUCCCACAGGAAACUCCACUGCCGCCGACACCUCCACAUGAAGAAGAACCUCCUACAGCUCGUCAGGGGGUGGAGACGCCGGAAAUACAGGCCGGGGACCAGCUCCAGGAGGUUCAGCAAGAGACCCAUAAAGCUCAAGAAAAUAGUGAAUCGGACGAUGAAGCUGAAGCACAGCUGCAAGCGGAGCUAGCACCGAGAGAACUAGCCCCGAGGGACAUCAACGGCGAUCUAGAUGAGGCAAAUAUUAUGUCUGGACCAAGAAGAAGCUUAGCAAAACGGGAUAAUGCCUUCGCGUACGCCACCAUGGAAGAACCCCCAGCUUUCCUCCAUGCAUUCGCAGCGGCCUUAUACGCGGAGAAGCCAAUAAGACGUCAUCGGGACAAUCUACCUGAUCCCCCGAAGCAUUGGAAAGACGUCAUGAAUCAUCCAUUUCAACAAGACUUCUUAGCAGCCAUGCGGAGAGAGAUCGACUCCCUAACGGAAAAAUAG